AUGCAUUGGUUAAAGUAUGCACCCAGCUACAGCCGCCUAUCGCGCUCGGCGUACGAUGGCGCGCGAUUCAGACGUGGUUUUGCUAGUAACGUACGCAUCGUGGUAAACGAUCCUGACAGCACCACGAGGUUUGCACUUCCAUUGGCAUUCCUGACUACAGACACAACUCGGUCAAACGGAGAGACUACCGAAACGCCACGCGAAGAACGUAUGUCGGCUUCCUGGCCUCAUAACUGGGUUCACCGAUUCAAUCAACAAGGAUACAGCACUGUCACAAUAUAUCUGCCGAGUCAAAUUUCCAAUGAGACUCCGAUCGAUACCCAUCACUUAUCAAAACUUGAAAGAGAUCUCCAAAUCCAGCUAAGCGGACAGGCCACAUCUUUCUUCCCACCUUUGCUAUUUUCAAAGGGAAGACUAGAAUGUCUGCUAGCCCAGACGUAUGUAUCAUCAAACCCGCUCAGCGGUUUAGUGCUCAUUUCACCACCUACUGAGGAUUCAGCAUCCUUUGACUUUGAGCCACGAUUUCCUACGCUCAUCAUGAGUACUGCGAGUCAGACGUCACAAAGUCUGGCUCCGGAUCAUCGCUUAUUGAAAGACUAUCCGGACGAGGUGGAUCAUUUGGAGAUUGUUGGAGGUGAUUCAAAUAUGACCGAUCAAACCGCAUUUGAAAAAGUAAAAGAAUGGAUGGACAACAAUGGACUUUGA